AUGUCAUUAGGUAAAAAAGCAGUUGAAAGAUUAGCAAACAAAGCCAUCCUUAUCACCGGAGCCAGUAGUGGAAUCGGUAUGGCCACCGCCAAGGAAUUCGCGGCCGCUUCCCAAGGACAUAUCAAAUUAAUCUUAGGUGCCCGUCGUCAACAACGUUUAAUUGACCUUUCAAACCACUUAAAAUCCCUCUAUCCCGCCAUUCAAAUCCAUACUUCCUUCUUAGAUGUGACUGAAAAAGAAUCAAUUUUGUCAUUUGUCAAAAACAUCCCGCAAGAUUUCGAACCAGAUAUUCUUAUAAACAAUUCUGGAAAAGCAUUGGGAAAAGCCACAGUGGGGGAGAUCGAAGAUGAAGAUAUUCAUGGAAUGAUGGAUACGAAUGUGGUUGGAUUGAUAGAUAUGACCCAAGCCGUCUUGCCUAUAUUCAAGCAGAAAAACCGCGGGAUUAUUUAUAAUGUAGGUAGUGUGGCUGGUGUUGAUCUGUAUGCUGGUGGAUCUGUUUAUUGUGCACUGAAAGCUGCUGUUAGAUAUUUCACCGAUUCCUUAAGAAAGGAAUUGAUCAAUACGAAAAUUGGGGUGAUGGAAAUUGACCCAGGAGCGGUUUCUCUGACUGAGUUUAGUUUGACUAGGUUUAAGGGUGAUCAAGGGGCCGCUGACGCGGUAUAUCUGGGGACUAAUCCUUUGGUGGCUGACGAUAUUGCUGAGAUUAUUGUGUUUGGAUGUUCCAGGAAGGAGAAUACUGUAAUGGCUCAGACGAUUGUAUAUCCUCAACAUCAAGCUUCUGCUAGUCUUAUUCAUAGAGAGGUUACAACUCCAGAGUAG